GCGCCCCUUCUCCUCCUCUAUAUAUCCUUACCUCUUCCCCCCUUCUCCACCCCCAUCCGGCCAUCUCCCACCUCUAGACUCCAGUUCGUUUAUAGAAAUAUAUAUAUAUAUCAAUAAACACAACAAAUACAGGGUCAAUAUAUGGAGAAACUCACUCUCACCAGUUUGUUGAAGCAAGCCGCCGGGAAGUUCCCCUCCCGCCGAGCUCUUUCCGUUUCCGGCAAGUACGAUUUGACACAUGCUCGUUUGCAACAACUAGUCGAUCAAGCCGCCUCUCGCCUCAUCGCCUCCGGUAUUAACGCCGGCGAUGUCGUUGCUCUCACCUUCCCCAACACUGCCGAGUUCGUCGUCAUGUUCUUGGCUGUAAUCCGAGCCCGAGCCACGGCUGCACCGCUCAACCCUGCCUACACUCCGGAAGAGUUUGAGUUCUAUUUGUCCGAUUCGGAAUCAAAUCUCCUCUUGACAUCGCAAGAAGGGAACCAGUCGGCUCAAGCCGCUGCUGCGAAACUCAACAUCCCCCACAUUACAGUCACGCUGUCUCACGAAGACGAAGACGUGAAUCUGUCUUCGUCGUCUUCCGACUCCAAGACGACGGUCUCGUUUCCAAACUCGAUAGACCGAAUCGUCAACGAGUCGUCCGACGUAGCGCUGUUCCUCCACACUUCCGGCACCACGAGCCGCCCAAAAGGUGUGCCCCUUACGCAGUUCAACCUCGCCUCCUCUGUAAAUAACAUAAAAUCCGUGUACAAAAUCACCGAAUCCGACUCAACCGUUCUGGUCCUUCCGCUCUUCCACGUUCACGGUUUAAUGGCCGGGUUACUGAGUUCACUCGUCGCCGGAGCCGCCGUGACUCUCCCAGCUGCGGGACGCUUUUCCGCUUCCACGUUCUGGUCAGACAUGCUCGCUUAUAACGCUACGUGGUAUACGGCGGUCCCUACUAUUCACCAGAUCAUCUUAGACCGCCACCUCAGUAAGCCGGAGCCAAAGUACCCGGAGCUCCGAUUCAUAAGGAGCUGCAGUGCGUCACUGGCGCCGUCUAUAUUGACUCGGCUGGAGGAAGCAUUCAACGCUCCGGUGUUGGAGGCAUACGCCAUGACGGAGGCGUCGCAUCUGAUGGCGACGAAUCCAUUGCCUGAGGACGGUGCGCACAAGCCGGGGUCGGUUGGGAAGCCAGUGGGGCAGGAGAUGGCGAUACUGGAUGAGAAUGGUGUGGCACAAGCGGCGGAGGUUAAGGGGGAGGUAUGUAUUAGGGGGCCAAAUGUAACCAAAGGCUACAAGAACAACCCUGAAGCCAACAAGGCGGCCUUCAGUUUCGGAUGGUUCCAUACCGGAGAUGUCGGCUUCUUGGACUCGGAGGGAUAUCUGCAUCUCGUCGGCCGGAUCAAGGAGCUUAUCAACCGCGGAGGAGAGAAGAUUUCACCGAUUGAAGUGGAUGCAGUUCUCUUGUCUCAUCCAGACAUUGCCGAGGCGGUUGCCUUUGGAGUUCCCGACGAUAAAUAUGGCGAAGAGAUCAACUGUGCGGUGAUUCCUAGAGAAGAUACGGACAUAAGGGAGGAGGAAGUGCUGAGAUUUUGCAAGAAGAAUCUGGCUUCGUUCAAGGUCCCUAAGAAAGUCUUCAUAACCGACUCUCUCCCGAAGACUGCAACUGGGAAGAUCCAAAGGCGCUUUGUAGCUGAACACUUCCUUGCUCAAAUCUCUACCGCUCAAGUCCCCAAAUUCGGGGCCUAAACCAAAUAUAUACACAAAGAAACACUAGAGUGUGAGUACUGACUACUGAGUAGUAGUACCAUGCACGGCCUGCCCUACACAUAUGAUGAAGUGUUAUCUGAAAUUAAUAGAUUAAGUAAUUAGCAAAUAGUAAUGCCCCCUCCCUUGUGGUGACAAGGACUCGGGAGGCAACGCAGGACUCAUAUGUAUUAGCACUUUUUUUUUUGACAGGUGACUCAUGUAUUAGCACUUGAGUUGACAAAUAUUAGAAAAAGGAAUGAAGUUCAAUACCAGCAAGCAGGAAGCUUGUGGUCAUUCAUUCAAGUUGUGUCAAAAUUGUAAAAUUUUUAUGAUAUUCUUUUUGCCUUCAUUUUCAUUUUAAUGUGAUCUUAUAUCUUAUAUAUAUUAAUAUGAAAGGAGUGUUCUCCCAUCUUACUGUUC